UAAGCAACUAGUAUUUCCCUUUUCCUCCACUUCUUCCCUGUAACUCAGCAGCUCACGUGCCCAUGGAGGAAUGCUUCCAUAUCUUUGUUGUCAUCAUGUUGUUGCUGCUGCUGCACGUCCCAGCAACCUGCUCAGCAGCACAAGGCAUCGAUACUGAUCUAUAUGCUCUUCUAGAACUUAAAGAUAGCGUAGAGUUCGAUCCCCAUCGUGUCUUGGAGAAAAACUGGACAACCACAUCCUCAUCCUCAUCCUCAUCAGUUUGCAGCUGGGUUGGAGUUACUUGCAGCGAGAGCACCCCCCAAAGAGUUGAAGCCCUGGAAAUUCCAAACAUGCGCUUACAAGGUACCAUUCCCCCAAAGCUGGGGGACCUCUCUUCGCUCACCCGACUCAACAUCAGCAACAACACUUUCAAGGGCCCUCUUCCUGACGAAAUGGCUAAUCUUCGUCGGUUGAAAGUAAUCAAUUUUGAACACAACCAAUUCAGUGGAGAGAUUCCGGAAUGGUUGGUAGAAUUGCCCGAGGUGCAGUACUUGAACCUUGGCCGAAACAGUUUCGCAGGUUUCCCAGCUUCCCCCUCCUUUAGUCCAAACUUGGAGUAUUUGAACGUCUCGUUUAAUCAAAUAAAUGGAGACAUUCCACAAGAGAUUGGCAAUCUUAGUAAACUGAAGAGUUUGGACAUGCAGUCCAAUCAGCUGACGGGUAAUAUAAGAACCAUGUACGGCAUCCCAUCGCUGGAACAUAUUGAUUUUUCAUACAAUAGCCUAUCUGACAUGCUUCGUGAAGAUCUCUGUCAUUCUCUUCCAAAUCUUAAAUUCCUUCGGCUGUCCUGGAACCACCUAGUAGGCAAAUUCCCUUCCAGUUUAGCUGAAUGCUCAAAGCUUCAGAACUUGUUGCUGUCAUUUAACAGCUUUGAGUCGGAGAUACCCGCUGGGUUUGGGAACUUGACCAUGCUUCAGGAGUUGGCUCUUGGUGGCAACAUGUUGACAGGAGGAAUUCCAGACAAGUUGGGUAAUCUAAUUUAUUUGGAGGUCCUAGCCUUGGAGAACAAUAACCUCAGUGGAAGCAUACCAUCAUUCAUCUCUAACUUGUCUUCAUUGAAAGUGCUUAAUCUUCACUCAAAUAACCUCAGUGGUGGCUUACCAAAAGAAAUCGGCAACUGGAGUACUUCAAUCACACAGAUUGACCUCAGUGAUAACCAUCUGUUAGGCAAAAUACCAGAUGAGAUUGGUGCUCUUUCAAGCUUAGAGAUUUUAGCGAUCAACUUCAAUAAUUUGUCAGGGCAAAUUCCCACUUCAAUCUUCAACAUGUCAACCUUGGAAAUGCUUUCACUUGUAGAAAAUAACCUUACGGGAAAUCUACCACCAAAUUUUCCUUGCAAUCUAGAAACUCUUUAUCUUGGAGGAAAUCGACUCAGUGGGAGCAUCCCUGACUCUAUCUGUAAUGCUUCUAAACUCGCCAUCCUAGACCUCUACUCCAACAAAUUCACAGGUCCCAUUCCUGAUUCACUUGGGAAUUUACGAGCACUAGAAUAUCUGAGUUUGGGAGAAAACAAUCUCCAAGGUGGACCAGGACCCGUUGACCGCCUGAGCUUCACAGAAAACAUUCUUGUCAGUGGAUCACCUUCGCAUCCUCCAGAACUGGGAUUCAUCACUUCCUUGACAAACUGUAAGAAACUGAAAAGGGUGUAUAUAAAUAACAAUCCAUUGAAUGGCCGCCUUCCGUCUUCCAUCGGGAAUUUUUCUGGUGCCCAACUCAACGCUUUUGUGGCAUCUAAGUGUGGGAUCACAGGCAAUAUUCCCAAGGAAAUUGGCAAUAUAAGCAGUCUGGAAUCCUUGUUUCUCGAGGACAAUUACUUGAAUGGAUCCCUUCCAAAUACAUUCAGUGGAUCAUGGAAACUCGACAAACUUGUUCUUCCCAACAAUGCUCUGCACGGGUUGAUUCCAGAAGAUCUAUGCCAAUUAGCAUAUUUGGCCUCCUUAGAUUUGGGUGGAAAUCACCUUGAUGGUCAAUUGCCAGACUGCCUAGGAAAUGUUACAUCUUUACGGUCCCUUAAUCUAACCUCCAACCAUUUUACAUCCAAAAUACCAGUAAGUCUGUGGAGACUUACAGACCUCUCUGAAUUUAACUUGUCCUACAACUCCUUCAAUGGCUCUCUCCCCCAGGACAUUGGGAAUUUGACGAGUGCCACUCUAAUAGAUCUGUCGAACAAUCGAAUCUCCGGCAAUAUUCCUAGCGCUAUUGGUGGUCUGCCAAACCUGGCAUAUCUUUCCUUGGCAAGUAAUAAUCUUAGCGAACAAAUUCCAGAGUCAUUUGGCAACCUUGUAAAGUUGUGGUCCUUAGAUCUGUCCGGUAAUUCUCUCACUGGAGAGAUUCCCAUGUCACUGUUGCAACUUCCUCUUCGUUAUUUUAACGCAUCAGGUAAUUGCUUGAGUGUGAAAAUUGAUCAAGAAUGGAAAUCCAGGUUUGGAAGUGAUAGCGUUCUACCAAAUGGAAAAUUGUGCCCUCACGUUCGGUCCAAACCAAAAAGUUUGCUGUUGUUUCUCUGUGUUUUCUUGGGGAUUGCACUUUUGAUGGUAGUGGUUUGCUGUGCAUUUUUUCUUCUCAGACGGCGACGGAAACAUCAAUUUCCAACUUCAAGAAUUACACACCAAGAAAUUGAACGAGCUACUAAUGGAUUCGAUGAAAGACACUUGCUAGGCACAGGGAGGUUUAGUUCAGUGUACAAAGGGACUCUGAAAGGGAAAGUCGUGGCCAUAAAGGUCUUCAAUCUGCAGCGUAUUGCAUUCAAGAAUUUUGAUGCAGAAUGUGAAAUUCUGUGCAAAAUUUACCAUCAAAAUCUUACUAAGGUCACUGGCUUUUGCUCUAACACUGAUUUCAAAGCCUUGGUACUGGAGUACAUGCUGAAUGACAGCCUUGAGAAGUGGCUCUAUUCUCUUGACUCUUUCCUGGAUAUAGCGAAAAGGUUAGGGAUAAUGAUAGAUGCAGCACGUGCACUUGAUCAUCUCCACCAUAAACCAUUGCUUCACACUGAUUUGAAACCAAGCAACGUUCUGCUAGACAAAGACAUGGUUGCACACUUGAGUGAUUUUGGCAUUACAAGUUAUUCCAAGGAUGAGGAGAGUGUGGCUCAAACCAGCAACCUAGGCACAAGUGGGUACUCAGCUCCAGAAUAUAGGCCGGAAGAAUCAGUGUCAGCAAGAUCAGAUGUUUAUAGUUUUGGGAUUACAUUGAUGGAAACAUUUACAAGGAAAAGGCCCACUGAUCAAAUGUUCGGUCCGGAAUUGAGCUUGAGAGAUUGGGUAAAAGAGGCCUUGGAUAGCAGUACUGUUCAUCAAGUUGUGGAUGCAGGAUUGAUAGGGGAAGAGGAAUUUGAGGCAAAGGUGAAGUGCGCGUCAUCCAUCCUGGAACUGGCAUUGAAAUGCUCUGAAGAAUCGGCUGAAGAAAGGAUGGAUAUCAAAGAUGUGGUGGAGAAGCUCAAGACAAUAAGAGACGAUCAAAUCCCUAAAACAUAUUGACUGACGAUUGGGAAAUGUUGUGUAUUCAAGUGUGUAGUGUGAGUGUGUAUCUCAUAUUAGUUGUGUAAAGAGAUGAAAGUGGGUAUUUAUAUUUUUCCCUCCUACUUAGAUUUGGGUCCUAAGGACACUCACAUUUUGUGAGUAGGCGAAUCCUUUGGCUCAUGACGCAGCUGCAGCCGUCGUCUGAUCGGGCGGGUGGGCAGGUUGGGUCAAUAAAUUAUUUUCUUUUAUUUUUGUGCUUCUUCCCAGCAACGGUCUGAUUUCCAGGUGUGCGGGAUUCCGUCCAUUAUUUCUUUGACUAUUCGAUUGCUUCAAACAUCGAAUAUUUAUGGCGAUGUUUAAUGCCGACGUCAAUUGGAACGUCUCUGAAACCCCAUAUAAGGCCGGUUUCCCUCAGUGUCUGGGCAUCGAAGCCCAUUUUUUUUGCUGCUUUCUCUUGUUCGCUGUUUUGGUCGUGGAGAGCCAGUCCCUCGGAGUUCUACUAGAGCCCACCGUCGUGGUUGCCAUCGCCGGGCUGGUCAUCGUGUCCUGCGAAGCAAAUGCCGUAGCCUGUGAUAACUGGUACAGGGCGUAUCUGCUUUCAGGACAUCACUUCUGACGUGCUUCGACAGCUGUCUCCGUUUUCAGAUCUGCUACUCCGACGACUUGCUGUCUUGAAUUCCCAGCCUCCUAUAUCUCUUCAAUUUGACUCUCGUUCCGAUUAUUUUGUGUUGAAUCUUCUUGCUGUUACAAAAUACAGAUAUAUUUCUAUAUUGUUGCUGCCUGCUAGUUGGGUUUGUGAAACUUCCAAUUGAGUGGUUGCUGUUGCUAUAGUCAGAUUUUAUUGCUGUGCUAACAGGAAAUUCAGAGAGUCCACUUUUCAUGUCAACUUAAUUGAU